CACUCCCUGACUGUCUCAGUAAAGAAUAGUGCAUCUUUCCCAUAGACAUACAGCUGUUUCCUUCUAGCCACCGGCACUGCUAUCAAGGAGAAUGCUUGCACACAGCACUGCACAGGACCUCAUUCUGCAGCAGAGAAGCAGUGAUGACCAUCCCCAGACAAAUCCAAGGCAAACAGGAUGGGGGGCUUUUAUUAUUCUUUCAUCAGUCAUUGCUGCCAUAAGUGGACUGCUUGUAGGCUAUGAGCUGGGAAUCAUUUCCGGCGCCCUUCUUCAGCUCCAGAGUUUAUUAGAACUGACCUGUCAACAGCAAGAAAUAGUUGUGAGCGCAUUAUUGAUUGGAGCACUUGUAGCAUCCCUUGUUGGGGGAUGCCUUAUAGACUUGUAUGGCCGGAGAACAACAAUCAUAUUCACUUCCAUUUUACUUGUCUUUGCAAAUCUUCUCCCGGUUGUGGUUGUUUCCUAUGGAAGCCUCAUUGCUGGACGCAUUUUCAUUGGAGUCUCCAUUUCUUUAUCUGCCAUUGCAACCUGUGUUUAUAUUGCAGAGCUUUCCCCCCAGGAUAAAAGAGGUAUGCUAGUGUCUUUAAAUGAACUCAUGAUUGUUGUCGGCAUCCUUUUAGCUUAUAUUUGCAAUUAUUUAUUUGCAUCUGUUAACAAUGGCUGGAAAUAUAUGUUUGGCCUGAUAACUCCAUUAGCAGCAUUGCAAGCAGUUGCAAUGUUUUUUCUCCCACGGAGCCCUCGAUUUCUAAUCAUGAAAGGAUAUGACGAUGCUGCUGGAAAAGUGCUUCAAAAAUUAAGGGCAACUACAGACAUAAACGAAGAACUAACUGCCAUCAAGUCUUCCAUAAAAGCUGAGUACCAGUACAAAUUUUUGGACCUAUUUUGUUCCAGAGACAAUAUGAGAGCUCGUCUGUUAAUAGGCUUAACGCUAAGUUUUUUUGUCCAAAUUACAGGGCAGCCAAACAUUUUAUUUUAUGCAUCUACUGUACUAAAAUCAGUGGGAUUUCAAAGCACAGAGGCUGCCAGCUUGGCAUCCACUGGCAUUGGUGUUGUCAAGGUUGUCAGCACAAUACCAGCAAUAUUUUUGGUGGAUAAAAUUGGAAGCAAAACUUUUCUCUGUAUUGGAUCUGCAGUAAUGGCUGUGUCAUUAGUAUCAGUUGGCUUAGUAAGCCUACAAUUAGAUGUGAACUAUAACAAUAUUUGUAAAGUCCACACAGUGCAAAAUCAUUCACUUCAGGAUUCCUUUAUUUAUGGGCCAGUGGCUUUAGGUAAACAUAACGAGUCUCUGUUUGAAGAAACAGGCACAUGGUUGGAAUCAACCAAAGCAUCUUACCUUAGCACAUCACAAAAUGGGACCAAGCUGUUGCAUGUUUCUGCUCCGGAGGAUAGUUCAUUUGGAUUCACGGUUAAAGAACCCAAGGUCAAGUCACAGUCUGAUGAGAUUCCUGAAUAUAUGAAGUGGUUGUGCUUGUCAAGUCUACUUGCCUUUGUAGCUGCAUUUUCUAUAGGUCUUGGACCAAUGGCUUGGCUGGUGCAAAGUGAAAUCUUCCCGGCAGGAAUCAAAGGUCGAGCCUUUGCAAUAACAAGCAGCAUGAACUGGGGCAUGAAUCUUCUCAUUUCCCUAACUUUUCUCACACUAACUGAGAUGAUUGGGCUGCCUUGGAUGCUUUUUGGCUACGCGUUGAUGAGUAUUGCAUCACUGGUGUUUGUUAUAAUGUUUGUUCCAAACACUAAGGGACGCCCUCUAGAAGAAAUAUCAAAGGAAUUAGCAAAUAGGAGCUACAUGUGUAAUGCUGUUUGCCACAGACGUCGUAGUAAAAAGAAACUGACACCGGUGGCGCUGAUACAGAGCCCUGCCUAGUUCUUUUUCAGAAAUCUUCUACCUUGAGAACUUCAAAGGGCUUUAAUAGAUUUAAAAGCCAUAUGCUGUUUGCUUCCUACCAAGUAUUGGUAAUAAAAAGUUAUACGUGUAGUUCCAGACCUGAAAUGCUGCUAGUUUAUCAAUGGGGCACUAACGCAGAAAAUUCUAUAUGUAUUAAUGUUUUAAAUGAUCAUCUUGAAUGUAUAUCCUUCCAGCCUAGAAACUGAUGCGUAUUUCCUUUGGCUUUAUUGGUUGUCAGAAAACCUAGAAACUCUUCUAGUAAGAAAAAUAUAUUCACAAGAGCAGCAUGCAUGCAUUUGUGUCUUAACCAGCUGAAUAACCUACCUCAUUGUAUUUACUGUAUGUACAAGAAAUACAUAAAGAAUGUAUAGAUCUGCAAUAACUAUUAAACUGCAUAAGGUCAGUCAAUUGGA